AUGGCGCCUUGGGCGCGCCUCCUAGUCAUCUUUUCACUUUGUGCAGUUCUUCUCACUUCAUUAUCAAGGUACACUUUUACUUGUCAUCUCUUUUUCUCGUGAAAAAAACAAGAGUCUGGUCUUCCUAAUUCUCCCACAUGAAUAACCGUCUUCCUACGUACUUUUCUCACACUACCAUUUUUUAUGCGCGUUACUCUUUAGUUCCGUCCAAAAAACACAAGGAAACCCACAUUUUGAGCUAUUUCUGUUCAAAAAUCUCUAGGAAACAUUGACCUCAGAACAGAAAACAACUUCACGCCUUUUGUUUUUUCGUGCAAAUUUUCAAAGUUUGAACAAAGAGGGGCUUUAGGGUCAUUACAUUUUCAAAAAUUGAACUGGUGGUUUCAACUGAUAAGAACUCAGUGCCCUAAGAUGGCUCUUUGCGAUAUUUCAUUAAAGUAUCAACAUAAGUUCUUUUAACUCUGUAGGAUUUUCCAAUUUGAAUCAUCCAUUCCUCUUAUUCACCUGAAAAAACGCAAAACAAAACUUCAGCGCACAAUCAGAACCUGCAAAGGAUAAGAAACAAGGUCGGAAAGUUUCGGAGGUUGGCCCAUCUUUCAUGAAACGGACGCCGCUCUUUUUCCGGCCACAAAGGCAUACCCUCGCCUUGCUUCUUCUCUCGUGA